CCACUAAACUAUCCACCAGCACCACUAAACUAUCCACCAGGACCACUAACUAUCCCCUACACACCCACCAGUACCACUAAACUAUCCACCAGCACCACUAAACUAUCCACCAGCACCAUUAUCCAUCCACAGGGUUAAUCUACGACUUCGAGGUGGAGUCAGCAGGGAACACAUACUUGGUGCUUCACUGGUACAUCACGCCUACGCCUUACCCCAUAUACCACUACGACCUGCAGAUUGACGACUUCUUUCUCCACCAGAGUAUAUGUGAGGAGGAAUUCUGCCAGGAAUACGUUAACUACCUGGAGCCUUGUAAACUUCACACCUUCAGCAUUGUUCCCACAUUUAAUUACCACGGGGAGCAGAUGGCUGGCCUGGGCGCUUACACCAAAGGUUACACGCUGUUUCAAGACCCCACGACUCCCUACAACGGCACGGAGGUUGACCGCACGGAGACCACGAUAUCGAUCUCCUGGGCCACUAAUCACUCAUACUGUACCUUCCUCUACCAGGUGUGUUAUUACGAGGUCGACACUGAUCCCACCAAGGCCACGUGUGUCACCACUACCGACACCUCCUACACUCUGAACAACCUUGGGGAAUGUAAGGCUUAUAUCAUUGAUGUUGUGGCCAAGUCUUCAAGUGGAGUUGAGAGCCUUACCCUACAAUUCUACUCUGUGACGCUCUGCCCUGAUGCUGCCUAGGCUGAAAUGAUCCUAAAGUCAUUGUAUGUAGGCCUAGAUUAUCCUAAAGUCAUUGCGUGUAGGCCUAGAUAAUCCUAAAGUCAUUGUGCGAAGGCCUAGAUUAUCCUAAAGUUAUUGUGUCUAGGCCUAGAUUAUCCUAAAGUCAUCGUGUGUAGACCUAGAUUAUCCUAAAGUCAUUGUGUCUAGGCCUAGAUUAUCCUAAAGUCAUUGUGUAUAGGCCUAGAUUAUCCUAAAGGAAUCAUGCAUAGGCCUACACAAUCCUAGACCCACUCUAUCUAUCCCUCAAAGAUCAUGGUUAUCAUUAUUAUUACAAUCAUGAUCAUUAUUAUUAUUACUUAUAACAGUAUUGUAUUAUUAAUAAUAUUUUAAUUACUGUAUAAAUUAUAUUUGUAUUAUCAAUUACAUUAAUCUCUAUCAAAAUCCUUACUACCA